GAGGCCUAGGGGGGCCCCCCGCGUGUGGCGCGACCCCAUGCCCGCCCCGCGCCUCGUGAAAACGCACGGUAGACGUCUGAAUUUAUCUCCGCGUCGAAGCUGGCGUGGGAAUGGGGGGUGCGUUGAGCAGAGCGGUAGUGUAAGCGUGGCGUUGUACCCGUGACGGGCCGCAAAUUGUGCGAGAGGCAAGAGUGUCUCGCAGGCGAAAGCUUGCCCGACUCGCCCGCCGGCACCGUUGGUGCGAUGCAGGAGUUCCCCCGAGACAUCGCGGCCCCGCUCGUGUCGCUCCGAGGGGCGUUGUCCGUAGGUCGGCAGGUUCGCUCGUUGAAGCGUGUUCGGGGGAAGAUCUUAUAUACGCAUUUGGUGUGUUCGGGUGGCUAUAAAAAUAAAAAGCAGGUCAAAUUUUGUCUCGUUCACCUGGAUCUUAUCUCGUAAGAGUGUUGCGUGUCUAGAGAAGCCUUGGCUGCUGCUUACAUCUGAGGAGAGAAGAGACCCGAUACGCUGUGAGGGUUGGUACCGGUCGAGUGACUUUCAGGAGGGAAACUUUAAAAAAUGCCAAAGGGAUUAAAGAGCGUGAGACUCGCUUAAAACGAUUUAAAUCAGAUCUGGCCUUUUGGAAACCUUCCCUUAAAGAAGCUUGUAAGAAAUACGUACUCGGUUAAGUCUUGGUAGGUUGUAGUUUCCCCUCGGUGCCUUGGUUUUGUGGCGCUCGCAAGCACGUGAAACGCCAGCUCUGGUCAAGAGGGCCGAGUGUCGUUGCUUCAUGGUGGGGAAGCCGUUUCAGUCAUGAGACCAUCACGGGAACGUUGCUCUGUGUUCCUGGGUGCUCGUACCAUCAUCGCUGCCGUGUCAGAAAUCGGAUGUGCUCCUAGCAUGCAGAUCCUAAAGCUGGAAACGCUGCCAUCUCCAGUACUUCGUCCAGAAAGUUGUAUGUGAUUAGGAGAGACGGUUCCCAUCCUGCUGGACCUCUGGGCUGCUGAUCUGCUCAGCGGUGAUCGAGUGUACUGGACUUAUCUCAGGAAACAGGCCAGGCAGCUAGAGAAUGAGCUCGACCUGAAGCUGGUCUCCUUCAGCAAACUAUGCACGAGCUAUAGCCACAGCAGCGCCCGAGAGGGAAGACGCGACAGGUAUAGUUCUGACACAACUCCUCUCUUAAACGGAUCAAGCCAAGACAGAAUGUUUGAAACCAUGGCUGUGGAGAUCGAGCAGCUCCUGGGAAGGCUUACAGGAAUAAAUGACAAAAUGGCGGAGUACGCUAAUAGCGCAGGGGUCCCGUCCUUGAACGCGGCACUGAUGCAUACGUUACAGCGUCACAGAGACAUAUUGCAGGAUUACACUCAUGAAUUCCAUAAAACCAAAACAAACUUUCUGGCAAUACGGGAAAGGGAGAAUCUUUUGGGAUCGGUACGGAAGGAUAUUGAAUCAUAUAAAAGUGGAUCUGGUGUGAACAACAGAAGAACGGAGCUGUUCCUGAAAGAACACGAGCACCUUCGAAACUCGGAUCGGCUGAUAGAAGAAACAAUAAGCAUUGCUAUGGCAACAAAAGAAAAUAUGACUUCGCAGAGAGGGAUGCUGAAGUCAUUACAAAGCAAGAUGAACACCUUUGCUAAUCGGUUUCCUGCCGUGAACAACCUGAUUCAAAGGAUCAAUCUACGGAAGCGACGAGACUCUCUUAUCUUGGGUGGCGUUAUUGGCAUCUGUACCAUCUUAUUGUUGCUAUAUGCUUUCCAUUGAUGGACGUUCUCCAGAGACUUCAGCAACCUCAUCUCUCCCUCCCCAUCAAGGAGAAGUGGGUGGGGGAAGUCAGUAGACCUGUUCAACAGCCUUCCAGCUCAUGGUGGCUGGAAUAUCAGCAUGAUGUCUAAGGUUUAUGGUGGCAGACUCUGCAACACUGGUUUUGAGCUGAAGCUGCAGUAUUUCUCCUCCCUUGCCAUACACACUUUCUCUCUGUUUAAUUUUGCUCCUGUGAUGAUUUUUUUUUAAUUUUUAAAUCCCCCAUCUCACUAUGAGGUAAGUAAACAUAUAGCAUUUAAGAGCAUCAAUAGAGAAGCUUCCAUACUCUGACAAGAUGCAAUCUGUUGUUGCCUAUUAAGUGGAAAAAAUGUUGGUUCGCUUCUCCUGGAUGGAACCUCUUCAGGAAGCCGGUUCCCCCCCAAGGUCAAGUACAGCACUGGACAUUUUGGCCCUACAUUAAGGAUCUGGCAGCUUUAAGCCAUCAGGUUGUUUUAUUACUAAAUGCAACUUCUGUAAUAUUUUCUAACUCGUGGUUAAGCAAUUGCAAGUCAUGUCUACAUAAUUUAUGCUGUGAAAACUGCUUUCUUCCCACAAAUUCCUCAGACAAAUGUUGAUUGUUCGAUUCAUUUUAUUUUAUUUUUUUUGCACAGAAGAUGUAUAAACUGCUCUCCAAGGAGAAUUGAAAAGGUUUCUUGUGGCUUUAAGGGGAUUCCAGGAAAUACUAGCAGUCCUGCUUUGGAAAAAGGGAGCAUAGUAUCCUCUCAGUUUCACCAUGUUAUUAAUUCAUUUGAAGAGUGACCAAACACACUUUCAGCGAAAGUAACUUUUUGGGUAUAAAUACUUCAGUUUGGGCUGAUACCACAAAGGUCUUCAUAAAGAUAUAACAAUUUAAAAAAAAGUCUCUAUUUUAAUUUAGAUGAAAGUUAUUCUAAUAGCAUUAAUAUUUUUACACUGUAAGUAGGAUGAGAUUGAAACUGUACAUUGGAAUGAAAAAUACAGUGGUUAUGCCCAGUGACCAAUGUAUCCGUGUGCAAAAUUGUUAAAUACAUAACUCACAGUAAAGAGUUGAAUGAGUGAAUGGCUGAAUAUGCAAUUAAAUCUCUUCUCUAGUACCUGCAAAAAACAUAUUAAUAGAUUUUUUUUCAGCUGUCGAAACACACCAGAAAUACUUUGUCAUCAAAAUGUAUUGGUAUUGAGUAACUGUUAACAGAUCUAACUUCAGGAAUGUCUUUGAUAUAGCAGAUGUAAAAAUUACAGAUCGUCUCCUCUUUCCAUUUGUUCUCUACCUUCACCUGUCUUAUAAUGUAAAAAAGGAAAAUUCUGUGGCACUGGACUUCUUUCUAAGGAUGUGAUUAACUAUUUGCACAAUUCACUUGCAGUGCUCCUGGUAGGUUCAUUGUCUGCUCUCUUGGUAACCCUUGCUGUCUGAUACAGUCUCCAGACCUUAGCCUGUGCUAAACAACAACCAACCCAGGACAGUCAUCAUUUCAUUACUGCUUUUAUAGUGUAUGUGAAGUACCCUGUUGGAGGGAGUAAAGAAUUGUGCCUGUGUAGUGUGUAAAAUCAUACAGUUAAAUGUAAACUGUAUUGUUCAUUUGGACUUGAAAAAGGCUUGCGUACGGAGUAAUGACUUUGUGCUGAACAGGAUGCAAAGCCUUUUUUUGUUGUCAGUUCUUCUCUUUGGGAUUAGAAGACGUUCGCAAUCGCUUGUAAAAUUCUGAGGCUUAGCUUUUUAAAUAAAGGAUGGUCACUUGGAUGAUUGGGGAAUAUUCCUGGUGUGAAAUAAAGUGCUCAUUAGGGGGGGUUUUCAUGAAAAAGAUUGAAAGAUAAAGGAAAUUUAUUAAUGAAUCUCUGUGUGUUGGGAGAUCAAAACUCAGCUCCCCUGAUAUGUUAUUUUCUUUGAUUUUUUUCAAAGGGCCCUGAUUGGCAGUUAUGCUCCUGUUAGGAUUGAUAGGAUUUGGUUGCUAUAUAGUGGGCAAUUAGAAAAGUUGCAGCAUCAUAAAUAAAUUCAUAUAUUUAAUCUUAUAACCAGUCUUUUUAGUGGACUUAAUUGAUUAUAUAUUUAAUUUUACUGUGCAACAGAAGCCGCUACGGAAAACACGUGGUUGAUCGUUAAUGUGUAAGCAGUUGACCUCUCAUGGCUAGCGAGGAGCUGAUCUUGUGUUGUAGUGCAAAAUGGUGUUGAGAGAGUUUGGUAUCUCCGAAUGCAUUCAGUUACCCGAGGAGAGCUGCCCCUUACGUGAGCGUGCGAUGGUCCUGGCACGCGGCUUGGCUCUCUAAGAAGGAAUGCUAAUGGCCAGGGAUAGAAACUUGCUACUUCUCCUCCAUCCCUCUCCCAACUAGGGCAUCCAAUCUGUAACUAGGCCAAUGGACUAUGAUAAAUGAGAAUAACAAGGAAAUGGCAGGCUUAUUCAGUCUUUCAUCCUGGGUCUCGUGCCUCCCGUUGCUGUGUUCUUUCAUUGUCUCGCUCCCUCUCACCUCACUUAAGGAAGCCAGGCUUCCCUACUUGGUGGGGGUGGGUAGUCCAGCGAAGCCGGUAGUGUCGCAGUCCUGUAAAGCAUCCAGCGGUAACUGUAGGCAGUCGAUUCUGGCAGGGCACAUGGGUGACUGCUCUCAGUCGCUUUGAGAGCGUUUCAAAGUCUCUGCCGCCCAGGAAGAGAAACGCCGUGUCCUGCGCAAGCUAGUGUCACAGCAGCCCGGCCUUCCUACAGUACAGUCCAAUUUAUCACUAGUCAGCAUCCUUUGCUGGAGAGACUGGCAGAGCAAGGAUGCCUAAUGGGUUUGAUUCCCUUUGUGUAUGGCUGGGACCAGUGGGGUGUUCACUAACUCUGUACGUGCUUUCAUUAGACAGGAGUCUGCUCCUGCUUGGGUAUCCAGAAGGAAAAGACAGCAUUUUUCUUCAUUUAGUCACUCGUGAGAUGAGGAACCUCUAGGUAUCGAGUUAUGAAUCCAGUUGCCACCACACCAUUACAUAACCAACCAACCAAUACCCCUUUUUUUUUUUUCUAGCGUGUGAAAAAUCCUUAUAAAAAGUGGUUAGUGCAGUUCAGAUCCUUGCUGCAGGUUGCAAAUGGACCUCAGGCGAUACAGAGUUAAGCAACUGAGCUGAGUUUGUUUCCUGAGAUGCCUUUGCACAUCAGGAUUUCUUUUCCCUGUUUUCAAAUUGCAUUCAGGACACAAUUUUCAAAUGAGGAAAAUAAUUCUGGAGUGUUCAUGAUGGAGAGGUUGCACCGCCCCCCCUCUGGAGACUGGAGCAUAUGUAAAAGUGGGCUAUACAAGAUAAUUAAAGACAAAACUGAGCCGUGUUUGGCGAGACCCCUGCAAAUCCACUUGGCGCCCUGUGCCUCUCUUGAUGCCCAAGUGUGAUCAGUGCAUGUGAAAGCCUCUGUUAGUGUGCCCACCACUGAGCCCGGAAGCAUUUCAUAUCAUGCUUGGUCAAAAGGAAAGGCCGUCGUCUUUUGUUGUGGAAUAUAACAAUCCAGGGCCCUGUGUAUUUUUUUCCAGUUGCACUUUCUAAUUUGUUUGCUUUUCAAUUGGCUUGCUGAAACCUAACUAUUUUAUUGCACCUGUAAUGACUUUUGUUCUCCCCUAUCGUGCAUUUUCUGUAUGUAUAAAAAAAAAAAAAGCUUUGUUAUGUAAUUUAAUAAUAAAUUA